UUUGUGAAGCUCAAUUAUUUGAAAUCCAAACAGUCCCUUAAACCCUCUCUUCUUUCUUUUCCCUCUCUCAGAUUCUUACACUCUUCUGCGUAUCAACCAAGCAAGCAAAAAUCUCCAAUGGCGGAACCCAAAACCAAGUACGAUCGUCAGCUCAGAAUAUGGGGUGAGCAAGGGCAGACAGCUCUCGAGAAAUCAAGCAUAUGCUUGUUGAACUGCGGGCCCACGGGCUCCGAAACCUUGAAAAAUCUAGUUCUUGGUGGGGUUGGAAGUAUUACUGUUGUUGAUGGCUCUAAGGUUGAGCUUGGGGACCUAGGGAAUAAUUUCAUGGUGGAUGAAUCGAGCGUUGGGCAAUCGAAGGCGAAAACUGUUUGUGCAUUUCUACAGGAGUUGAAUGAUGCAGUCAAGGCGAAGUUUAUUGAGGAGUAUCCGGAGGCAUUAAUUGAGUCCAACCCAUCAUUCUUUGCGCAGUUCACUUUGGUUGUUGCUACACAGCUUGUGGAAGACAAAAUGAUGAAACUGGAUAAGAUCUGCCGUGAUGCUAAUGUCAUGUUGAUAUUUGCACGUUCUUAUGGCCUCACUGGUUUUGUUCGGAUCAGCGUGAAGGAACAUGCAGUGAUUGAAUCAAAACCUGACCAUUUUCUGGAUGAUCUUCGAUUAAAUAAUCCAUGGCCGGAGCUAAAAAGGUUUGCAGAAACAUUUGAUCUGGAUACAGCUGAUCCUAUCGUUCAUAAGCACACUCCUUAUGUCAUCAUUCUUAUUAAGUUGGCAGAGGAGUGGGCAAGAAAUCAUGGUGGAGUUCUUCCAUCAACAAGGGAAGAGAAAAAAGAAUUUAAGGAUUUAAUCAAGGCCAAGAUGAUUGCAUCUGAUGAAGAAAAUUAUAAGGAAGCCAUGGAAGCUUCAUUCAAAGUCUUUGCCGCUCAAGGAAUUAGUCCAAGCUUACAGCAGAUAAUUAAUGAUAGCUGUGCUGAAGUUAAUUCCCUUUCAUCGGAUUUUUGGGUGUUGGUGGCAGCUCUUAAGGAAUUUAUAGCUAAUGAAGGUGGUGGAGAGGCACCUUUGGAGGGAUCAAUCCCGGACAUGACAUCUUCCACUGAGUUAUAUGUAAACCUGCAAAAGAAAAGAUCUACUAAGGCUGAGGCUGAUUUUCUUGUUAUGGAGCAGCGUGUUAGGAAAAUCUUAAAAAAAAUAGGUAGAGAUCCAGAUAGCAUAUCAAAGGCAACCAUAAAAACCUUUUGCAGAAAUGCACGGAAGCUCAAGGUAUGUAGAUAUAGCUUGAUGGAGGAUGAGUACAAUUCACCAGUUCAAUUGGAGUUACAAAAGUAUCUGACCGAUGAAGACUACAGUACUGCUGUGGGAUUUUACAUUCUUCUACGAGCUGUAGAUCGUUUUGCUGCAAACUACAAUAGCUUUCCAGGGCAAUUUGAUGGUGAGAUGGAUGAGGAGAUAUCAAGACUGAAAACAACAGCUGUCUCACUACUUGCUGAUUUGGGAUGCAACGGAUCAAACUUAACAGAAGACCUUAUAAAUGAGAUGUGUCGUUAUGGUGCUGCAGAACUUCAUGCUGUGGCUGCCAUCAUUGGUGGAAUUGCGUCACAGGAGGUGAUUAAGCUCAUCACAAGACAAUUUGUUCCAAUGAGUGGGACUUUUAUAUUCAGCGGCAUCGAUCAUAAGUCGCAGUUGUUGUUAUUUUAGGAUACAAAGAAAGCAACAUGAUUGCAGUGUUCUUUAUGAUGGAGCUCAUAAACUGGUUUUGGAGAAAUCUUGGAUCCUAUACUGACAGAGCAUGCAGAAGAAAUCGUUCAUCUUGAUUAGAAUAGUAGCUUCUGUACGAAUGUUCAUUAGCUAUGAAAUGACAUUCAACACAGGUAAGAAAAAUACGUAAUUUGACUGUCUGUGAACGCAGUGAGAUAUGCUCAUGAUAGCUUGUCUACAUUGGGAAAGAAAAUUUUCCUAUUGGUUUGAAGAAUGGAUAGAUGAUGAUGCACGCUAAUUAUGGCCAGAGUGAUACUGAUCAUCGAUCUUUCUCUAAUCUUCUCCCAUUUUGUGCGUUGAAGAGUUUGAAUUGACUUUUGAGUACUUGCAUUUUGCCCCCAUCUA